CCUGUGGAUUACAUUUUACCUUCAUGUGUGCUGCAGUGUGCGCGGCGGGGGAGCGCAGAACGCGAAGGACGUGAUCCUGCUGGACUCCAAGGCGCAGCAGACGGAGCUGGAGUGGAUCUCCUAUCCUCCCAACGGGUGGGAAGAGAUCAGCGGCCUGGAUGAGAACUACACCCCAAUCCGUACGUACCAGGUCUGCCAGGUCAUGGAGCCCAACCAGAACAACUGGCUGCGGACUAACUGGAUAGAGAAGGGCGAUGCUCGCAGGAUUUUUGUGGAGCUGAAGUUCACCUUGAGGGAUUGUAACAGCCUGCCUGGUGUGGUGGGCGCCUGCAAGGAGACCUUUAACCUGUACUACCAGGAGACCGACUCGGAGACGGGCCGGGGCCUGACCGAGGACCAGUAUGUGAAAAUUGACACGAUCGCUGCAGACGAGAGCUUCACCCAGGGCGAUCUGGGCGAGAGGAAGAUGAAGCUGAACACCGAGGUGCGCGUGAUAGACUCGGUGACCCGGCGGGGCUUCUACCUGGCCUUCCAGGAUGUGGGGGCGUGCAUCGCGCUGGUCUCCGUCAAAGUGUACUACAAGAAGUGCUGGUCCAUCAUCGAGAACCUGGCCACGUUUCCAGACACCACCACGGGCUCAGAGUUCUCCUCGCUGGUGGAGGUGGAGGGCACGUGUGUGAUCAACGCCGAGGAGGAGGCCGAAAACUCUCCCAAGAUGCACUGCAGCACGGACGGGGAGUGGCUCGUGCCCAUUGGGAAAUGUAUUUGCAAAGCUGGAUUCCACCAGAAAGGAGACACUUGUGAACCAUGUGGUCGUGGCUUCUACAAGUCUUCCUCCCAAGACCUCCAGUGCUCCCGCUGUCCUGCACACAGCUUCAAUGACCGAGAGGGCUCGUGGCGCUGCGACUGUGAGGACGGCUACUACCAAGCACUCUCUGACCCACCAUCUGUGGCCUGCACAAGACCUCCAUCAGCACCACAGAACCUGGUGUACAACACAAACCAGACCACCGUUAACCUUGAGUGGAGUCCACCGGCGGACACCGGCGGUCGGAAUGAUGUCACCUACAGGGUUGGAUGUAGACGCUGCAGCUGGGAACCAGAGGAAUGUGUUCCGUGUGGGCCCAAUGUGGGAUUUUCUCCUGCACAGUCAGGGUUAGUGGACACGUAUGUGAACAUCAUGGAUCUGCUCGCCCAUGCCAACUACACUUUUGAGGUGGAGGCUGUCAAUGGAGUGUCUGACCUGAGCCGCACGCAAAGACUUUUCGCAGCUGUUAGCAUUGCUACGGGUCAAGCAGCUCCGUCCCAGGUCAGCGAGGUCAUCAAGGAGAAGGUGCAGCAGCGCAGCAUCCAGCUCUCCUGGCAGGAGCCCCAGCAACCUAACGGUGUCAUCACGGAAUAUGAGAUCAAAUACUAUGAAAAGGACCAGAAGGACCGGAUCUAUUCCACUGUGAGGUCGAAGUCUACCUCUGCCACAGUGAACAACCUGAAGCCCAGCACAUCCUAUGUGUUCCAGAUCCGGGCCUUUACAGAGGCCGGGUAUGGUACCUUCGGGCCACGACUGGAGAUAACCACCAAGGAAGAGGCAACUGCUGCAGUUGUCUCCAGCGAGCAGAACCCCGUCAUCAUCAUAGCGGUGGUGGCCGUGGCGGGGACCAUCAUUCUGGUCUUCAUGGUGUUUGGCUUCAUCAUCGGGAGAAGGUACGCUCUCGCGGGCCCCAUUGACUCUCCGCUCCUGCCCCACGACGGAAGAAUGUCGGUUUUUACUCCAGCCAUUAAGCUGCAUUUUCCUGAACAGGGUGGUAAAAUCCCCGUCCGAUGGACCGCACCAGAAGCCAUCCAGUAUCGUAAAUUCACCUCUGCCAGUGAUGUGUGGAGCUAUGGCAUCGUCAUGUGGGAGGUCAUGUCCUACGGGGAGCGGCCAUACUGGGACAUGUCUAACCAAGACGUAAUAAAAGCUAUAGAGGAAGGCUACCGUCUCCCUGCCCCCAUGGACUGUCCUCCAGGAUUACAUCAACUCAUGCUGGACUGCUGGCAGAAAGACCGAGCUGAACGACCCAAGUUUGAUCAGAUCGUUGGCAUCCUCGAUAAAAUGAUCCGCAACCCUAACACCUUGAAAACCCCAGUGGGAACAUGUACAAGACCAAUUAGCCCCCUGUUAGAUCAGAGCACACCAGACUUCGCUUCUUUCCGCUCGGUGGGAGAGUGGCUGGAAGCCAUCAAGAUGGAGCGCUACAGAGACAACUUCACAGCAGCUGGCUACAGUUCCUUAGAGUCUGUGGCCAGGAUGUCCUUAGAGGAUGUGAUGAGCUUGGGGAUCUCACUGGUUGGCCACCAGAAGAAGAUCAUGAGCAGCAUACAGACUAUGAGAGCCCAGAUGCUGCUUCUCCAUGGUACAGGUGUCCAGGUGUGAUGAGACAAAACAGGCUGCCAUAGUCAGGGCACAGACACAAAAAGCAAAACGUAUUCGGAGCGGUGCCUGGGCUGUGCCCGGGUUCUGCUCAAAGUAAACGGACGUGCGUUGUGUCUGACUCCUCCAGACUGGAACCACACCUUCGUUCCUCAGUGAGGGACUCAGGUUUGUCUCUUCAAACGGCACUAAGGAGAGGAAGAGGGAGAGAAACAGCAACACAACAGCAACUACCUGGACAAGAUAACUGUUUUUUUUCUUCUAUUUUUGUAGAAGCUCUAAAAUCUCAACCACAUAACAAAGGGCAGUUGGACAGGAGAUGAUUUACCUUUAGGAAUGAUUUCAGCGCA